AUGAAGAACUCUGCUGCUGAUAUGAGACCUGUGAAGAAGGAGCCAGAUGAAGAUGUGCCUUGUGGUGAAGUGAAUGAGUGUAUUAUGAUGGAUGAUGCUCAGCGAACCGAUACUCCAAUAGAGCCUGACGAAGCUAAUCCCUCCAACAUGCAACCGACUUCUUGUGCUGCUACUAAUGCUAAUGAUGGUUGGGAUAACAAAAUCGAUCGGCGUUAUAUGAUGCUGUUGGAUAGUUUUAGAGAAGAUGGGGAUUCAUAUCCGAGAGUCAGAGAUAAUCCACUGAGGUGUAUUAGGUAUGACGUUGAUAACGGAGGUUACGACAAGCGCGAAUUCAAAGCGGUUACAGAUGAGAAGAAGAAGAGGAGGAGUAGAGAAGAAGAUCGUAACACUGUUCGUGUGAAUGUGACCAAGAAGAAGAAUGUUGUUGAGUCAAAGCAUCGUCAUGUCCAAGCAAGUAGUAAGAAGACAGCAAAAGAAGCUGUGGUUUCGGAUAAAAGGCGAAGAGAGAAGAGUGUUGAUGGAGUUGGAAGAAACUCGCAAGAAGCUCGCAAGGAGAAGCAUUCGGAAGGAGAAAUGGUACCUGAUGAGAAUUACAGAGCUUAUCUCGCAUGGUUAGUGGAGAAAUCGAGAAUUCGAAGAGCUAAUGCUGAGAAAGAGAUACAAGUGAAGCGUGAGGUAGAAGAUGAUACGAUGUCUUUGUCUGGUUCGGAUAUUAUUGCGGUUGGAGAUCGUCCGUUUGAGGAUGAAGAGGAAUCUCCGUUUGUGGCAUCAAAAAGUUACAAAGUUACAGACUUGGAGGAAGAGAGCGAUGAGGACGACGAUGAUCAACGCAGUUCUUGGUUCAGGAAGGAGAUAACGAGUAUUCUCAAGAAACCGUACAAUGAGAAAGAGUUGUUGGAACUUAAGAAACAAGCAGCUGAGCGUAGAUCGUUGAUUCGGUGUAGGGAACUGCGAGAUGGAAGAGAGAUUGAUUAUGAAACGGACGAAAAAGGACGUUCAUAUCUCGACAAGUAUCCUAAUUUCAAAACGAUGUUGAAAGAAGCUUUGCGUGAUAAGGAUCACCAUAGAGCUCUCAACCUGUUGCGCGGGUUUAUCUUUUAUUUGGAGAAAAUGGUUCGUCAUGAUGCAUUCAAACCUUGGCGCGACCGUGAAUGUUUGAAGAUCACGUGA